GCACUGCAAGUCAUUAUUGUCAUCAUCGUUCGCUUUUCCGCACUUCGUUGUUAAAAUCAUCAUAAAUUUGGAAAUAAUGGCUGAUAUUGAGUUAUUUGUUUCUGAAAAGGACGAAUCCGAUAUCCGUCCAAUGAAGGAUACACCACUGGAUGAAUUGGACAUGGAGGAUUUGUACACGAAAUAUAAGAAAUUGCAAAAAAUGUUGGAGUUUUUGGAGGUCCAAGAGGAGUACAUCAAAGACGAACAACGGAACCUAAAGAAGGAGUAUCUACAUGCCCAGGAAGAGGUUAAGCGUAUUCAGUCAGUGCCUUUGGUGAUAGGACAAUUCUUGGAGGCGGUUGAUCAAAACAAUGGAAUCGUUGGAUCAACAACUGGAUCGAAUUACUACGUAAGGAUCCUGUCUACCAUCGACAGAGAACUGUUAAAACCUUCGGCUAGCGUAGCUUUGCACAAGCAUAGCAAUGCUCUUGUGGACGUUUUGCCGCCUGAAGCAGACAGCUCGAUUUCAAUGCUGCAAGCUGAUGAGAAACCGGAAGUUCAGUAUUCAGAUAUUGGAGGUAUGGAUAUGCAGAAGCAAGAAAUUCGUGAAGCUGUUGAACUACCCCUUACGCACUUUGAGUUGUACAAGCAAAUUGGAAUUGACCCACCGAGAGGUGUACUGAUGUACGGUCCUCCUGGAUGUGGGAAGACUAUGUUGGCGAAAGCUGUUGCCCACCAUACUACGGCAGCUUUUAUCAGGGUUGUUGGUUCUGAAUUUGUUCAGAAAUAUCUGGGAGAGGGGCCCCGAAUGGUGCGUGAUGUGUUCCGUUUGGCUAAGGAAAAUUCUCCUGCUAUUAUUUUCAUUGAUGAAAUUGAUGCUAUUGCCACCAAACGGUUUGAUGCUCAAACAGGUGCUGACAGAGAGGUGCAACGUAUUUUGCUGGAGUUAUUGAACCAAAUGGACGGAUUCGAUCAAACGACGAACGUCAAGGUCAUCAUGGCCACCAAUCGUGCCGAUACUCUGGAUCCCGCUCUGUUGAGACCUGGACGCCUGGACAGGAAGAUAGAAUUUCCUUUGCCUGAUCGCCGGCAAAAACGGUUGAUUUUCUCUACCAUUACUGCUAGGAUGAAUCUUUCGGAAGAUGUUGAUUUAGAAGAUUACGUUGCUCGACCGGACAAAAUUUCUGGAGCUGACGUCAAUGCUAUUUGUCAGGAAGCCGGCAUGCACGCAGUUCGAGAAAACAGGUACAUCGUCUUGGCCAAGGACUUUGAGAAGGGCUACAAAAAUAAUAUCAAGAAGGAUGAAACCGAACAUGAGUUCUACAAGUAAAUAAUCGUAUGGCGUUUUGAAUUAUCUAAAGAAAUAAAGAUUAUUAUAUCAAACUUCCUACA